AUGUCGACAAUCCUAUUACCAUUUUUAAAUAACUUGUCAGCGCUUACAGGAGGCGUUCCACUUGAUUACCUUCGAUUGAUUAUCAAUUUAUUAGCAAAUUACCCGGCUGCUUUAUUUUAUAAAACCAUACCACACGAUAAACCAAAUGUUAAACAUUUAUAUUCUAUUAUGAUGUCCAUUUUGGCUCGUGGUAGCUUUGGUAUUAUUGCACUUGACCAUAUUUAUCGACAAGUUAACAGUCUAACGUAUGAUCAAUAUGAUACAACGGGACCACAAAUGGUCCUAAUUAUUAAACUUACUUCAUUCGCAUUUAAUGUUUAUGAUGGAAGAAGGCCAGCUCAUGAAUUAACAUCAUAUCAAAAACUUAAAUCUGUUACUAAAAUGCCUUCAAUUCUUGAAUAUCUUGGAUUUGUAUUUUUUUUUGGUGGAUUUAUGGUUGGCCCCGCAUUUGAAUUUAUGGAUUAUAGGCAAUUUACAAAUAUGGAAAUGUUUAGAAUUGAUAAUAAUAACGACAAUAAAGCAAAAAACAACACAAAGAAGUAUUAUGUACCAAAUGGAUUUGUACCUUCAAUGGGUAAAUUACUGUUUGGAUUAUUUUGGGUUGUUUGUACUUAUUUAUUGGGUAAAAAAUACGAUACAGAUUGGAUUUUAACUAAAGAAUAUCGAUCAAAAUCAUUAUUUAAUAGAUUAUUAUUCAUACAAAUAUCUGCUUUUUGUGCAAGAUUUAAAUAUUAUAUUGUAUGGUUGCUAGCAGAAGGUUCAUGUGUUCUUAGUGGCAUCGGAUUUAAUGGUUAUGAUGGAAAGGGAAAUGCAAAAUGGGAUCGUGUUUCAAACAUUAAUGUGAUAGCUUAUGAAACUGCUGAUAAUCCUAAACACUUAUUAGAAGCUUGGAAUAUGAAUACAAAUAAAUGGUUAAAGAAUUAUGUUUAUUUGAGGAUAACGCCUCCCGGGCAAAAGCCGACUUUCCUUUCUACUUUUGCUACCUUUGGCACUAGUGCUGUUUGGCAUGGAUUUUAUCCCGGUUAUUAUCUGACAUUUGCCAGUGGAGCAUUUAUUCAAAGCCUCCAUCGAUCAAUUCGUCGUCAUAUACGCCCAAUAUUUCUAACGCCCAAAUUUAAAUCAUAUAAACACAUCUAUGAUUUUUUGGGUUGGCUAUCUACACAAAUUAUGAUAAAUUAUUUGGUUUUACCGUUCAAUAUAUUGUCAUUAGAAGGUUCUCUUUAUGCUUGGAAAUCGGUUUAUUUCUGUGGACAUUUGACAAUUUUGUUAACGAAUAUGUUGUUCUGGUUGGGACUUUCGAGAUAUUGUAGAAAAUUGAUUAGUAUUGGUGGUGGUAUUGCUACUACCACCACCACUACACCCAGUAAAGAAAAAACUCGUAAACUGUUUACAAAUAAUGAAAAAGAUUAUAAAGAAAAAAAUAUAUAA